AUGGCCAUGGAUGUGGAGGCGGCAGCAGCCCGGACAUCGUACAGCUUUGUGCGGACCCUUCCGGGCCUGCUUUUGUGGUUCCCGCUGUUCACCGAAGGUUCCUUGCCAGUGGAGAUGGCAAGGAAGACUCAGACUGUGCGUCUGAAUGACAAUGUCACCAUCUUCUGCAAAGUCCCUGGUUCUUCACACUGGAACAUCGAAAUUAUGGGUGUUACCUGGUUUUGGAAGAAUCAGGUGGAUAAAACAGAGGUCAAGGUGUUUGAGUUUUAUGGAAACCAUCGAAAAGCAUUCCGACCAGGAGCCAAUGUGUCUCUACAGAGGCUGGUGAAGGGGGACGCCUCACUGCAGCUGCCUGGAGUCCAGCUGAGGGAAGCAGGAGAGUACCGAUGUGAGGUGGUGAUCACCCCUAACAAGGGCCAGGGAACAUCCUCUCUGGAGGUUGUGGCUUACCCAGUCAUCAGCUUGUUGGCAGAGGAAGCCAAGGUGAAAGAUAAUGAUGACCAAUAUCUUCUGUGUAAGUCAAGUAGGUUCUACCCGAAGAACAUUAACAUAACGUGGUAUAGAUGGACCCAGGAGAAUCCCCAGUAUCUGAAGUUUUCUGAGGGCAUCACCACUGAUUUUGCCAUUAAGAAUGAAGAUGACACAUUUAACGUCACUAGCCGUUUGAGGCUGAAGUGCUCUCUGAAACACAAUGUGACCUACCGAUGUAUGAUAGAACACAUAUCCUUGCCCACCCCCCAGAUGAAGGACAUCACCCUGCCUGAGAAAGGAUCUGAGACAAGAAGUGGCUCGUGCAGCACUUACGUUUGCAUCUCUGUUUUCUGUUCUGUAGUUGGACUGAUUUUAAUAAUUUCGUUUUGCAAAAGGUAA